AUGGGCUGUGGGGCCGAGCUGAAGUCCUCCAACUGGGCUUUUCCUACCGCAGUCCUGUCCCUCUACGGGUUUUUUGCCAACUGCAGAAUGGCAGAACCUUUCCUCACGCCGUACUUGAUCGGACCUUACAAGAACAUCUCUGAAGAAGUGGUGACCAACUAUCUGUACCCCAUCUGGACCUACUCCUACCUGGCCUUCCUUUUCCCCGUUUUCCUGCUGAGCGACUUCCUGAGGCACAAGCCGCUGAUUGUGGUGCAGGGCCUCUUCCUGGUCUCCAACUACGUCCUCCUGUGCUUUGCCCCAGGGCUGCUCGCUAUGGUCUUCCUCGAGAUUCAUUUUGCCGUCGUGACUGCCACAGAGGUGGCGUACUUUUCCUACAUCUACAACGUGAUUCCCCACGAGAAUUACCAAAGAGCCACCGGUUACCUUCGCAGCGCCAUGCUUUUCGGCUACACGUUUGGCGCCGGUCUGGGACAAGUUCUGGUCUCUUUAGCAGGUUUGGACUACUUCGACAUCAACGCCAUUACCCUGGGCACUUCGAGCGUGGCUUUCCUCAUCUCCUUGUGGUUGCCGAGGCCUCAGAGGAGCAUGUUCUUCAAAGGGGGGGAGACUGCAGCUUUGCCAGGGAAAACGGACGGACCGGAUGACACGGUGUCGGACAAGGAGGAAGCUCGCCCCGGGAGAAAUGAGAUGGAGCGUCACGACAACGCUGCCUGCUGCAGAGGGGGAAAUUUGCCCAGCGCGGCUCAUUUGCUGUGGCGAAGCUUCAGGGAGUCGUACUCGUCAAGACAUUUGGUCUAUUGGUCCCUGUGGUGGGCUCUGGCCACAGCUGGAUACAUGCAAAUACUCAACUACAUCCAACUCAUGUGGGACCACAUCGCGCCAUCCGCCACCUCGUCGGUUUACAACGGAGGUGUAGAAGCUGCAUGCUCGCUUGUCGGUGCGGGAGCAGCUUUCUCAGUGGGUUACAUCAAGGUGAACUGGUCUGCGUGGGGGGAGCUGGCCUUAGGUUUGUUUUCAGCCAUCGGGGCCGGCGCCGUGUUCCUCAUCGCGCUCACCGGCAACAUUUGGGCCUGCUACGCCGGCUACGCGCUAUUCAAAUCGUGCUACAUGCUGCUCAUCACCAUCACGACAUUUCAGAUUGCCGCUAAUCUCUCCAUGGAGUGCUACGCGCUGACGUUCGGCAUCAACACGUUUGUGGCCCUGUCCCUCCAGACAGUGAUGACGCUUAUUGUUGUUGAUGGAGCUACGUUAGGUCUGGACAUCGUGACCCAGUUCAUCAUCUACGGGAGCUACCAUGCUGUCAUCUCCGUGCUCUUUUUGAUCCGAGGGACCUACACCGCUUGCGCAAAGUGGCACACUCCAGAACCACCACAUAAUAAGCAAAAGGAGUUGGAGAACUCUGUAGCGGUCAUCCAUGAGCAAGCUUUCUGACAAAGGUCGAGCAAUUGUUAUAAAAUCCAAUUUGAAGGAAUAAUUACAGUAUUAUUUUUAAACAAGAAAACUGUGAAAAAGAACUACAUAAUAUUUUAUCUUUGAUUUUUAAAAAAAAAUGAUCGCUUUCUUUUGCCUUUGCUCAUGUUGCAUUGUGCAACUGAAUGUUGCGGACGUUGUUCAAUUUAUUUCUUUUAACUGGUGCAAAUCCGACUUAAGACGUAACAUUUCUUGAAACUGGAUGUGUGAAACUGCAUGGAGGGCAAGUGGUUCGCAUAUCUGCCUCACAGUUCUCUGGACUUGGGUUCAAAUCAGAUAUUCAAUGAUCGCUAAUUAUGCUGAAUUGAACAAUUAGUGGGAAAUGUUAUUUACCUGAAAGUGCUGAUGUGGCUGCUUUUUACUUUUAUGCCUAUGAUUGACAAUGUCCUAUUUAUAUAACCUGUAAUCUCACUAUUAAGAAUAAAGUUUUGAUAGUGGGUGUGUAAUUCUGCAGUUAUGCUAUUGCCCUUUGGCAUGACUGCUUGAUUAACAAAGUUAUCACUUUUAUUGAUUUACCGAGACAAGUGUGGGCAUUUCCCACAAGGAAAGAGGGGAAAAAAGAAAAGCUAACGUACCCGAAAGACAAUCGAGAGCUAAUGGGGUGAUGAGGUGGAGGUCAGACUGAAGGCUUCCCAUUGUUGUGUAUCUGAUGACUUUUCAACACAAUCAGACAUGUGGACCCCUAAAUUAUCAUCGCAUACUGGACUGGACCAGACAAGAUUCUGGCAAGAUUAGCAAAAUAGAAUUUGUUAUCUCAAUUCCCUUUAAUUGAGUGU